AUGUUGAUACUGACCUCUUAUCGUCUCUUCUGCUCCUCAGGCGUGACGGGUCUGGUCCACCUGGACGAGAACGGAGACAGAGAGACGGACUUCGCUCUGUGGGACAUGAUCGACACCAACACCAGCGCCUUCCAGAUAGUUCUGGUGUACAACAGCUCAGAGGAGCAGCUGACGGCCAUCCCGGGAACAUCUCUGCACUGGCUCGGUGGAGUUUGUCCUCCAGAUGUUCCCGUCUGCGGCUUCAAGAACGACAACCCCAUCUGCCUCGCAAAGACGAUCACCAUCCAUCAGAUGGUCUCCAUCAUACUCUUCUUCAUCUUAACAAUGACACUCACCGUCACCAUCUUCAUCUACAGGUGAGAGCUGCGUCCGUCUGUCUGGCUGCGAUGACUUGACUGUAAAAACUCAAAAAGUGUGUUGGUCUGGUGAUAGUUGAACAGUUUGAAUGUAUUCACUGUAUGGACUGUUUCUGUGCACUGAGGUAACCUGGAAGGUCAAUUCAUUUAUCUAUCGAUUUAUUGAAUACAUUUCUGGAGUAUUUUUGAAUUCAUACAUUUUUCUAGAUCAGGCUUCU